GUUUUUUUUUUCCUUGUUAAGUUGUUUCACAACUAUAUGCACAUAACAUUAGUAUUGGAUUAGCUGUACUGACUGGAGAACCAUGGAAGUGUUCCUCUAUAGGGCUCUAUACUUCUCCCUAUGUCUCACAUUUGUUGAGCCCACGGCCAUCUACCAACUGUUCAAGGGGCCCAAGACUGGUGAAACACAGCGCUAUCAAGUUUGUCCUAUGCUGUCCCAGCCAUGUUCCCACUGCUUUUACUGCGAAGAUGGCGUCCUGUCAGAUUCCACUUACGAAUAUAAACAGGAUGUACUAUGUAACCAGUUCUACAGAGGCAAAAAUAUGUCAGAGGCUCUUCUACCAGAAGAGUUAGCAAACAACAAAAUACCAGUGUGCAAUAUUGGACAGGUUCCAGGAUGUGGCCCUCCGCCUCAAGAUAACAUUCAGCCAGGACUGUCCUGGAAAUGUGACCCAGGCCACAGUAAUCAACCCCACUCUGUCUACUUCUCCUGUGCCCUGAUCUGCAACUAUACAAACACUGUGGCUUACCAGUACUACUGCAAUGAAAGUCUACGCUGGGAACUCUUAGAAGCGGCUAAUUUUAGCUGUAUAUCAAUUGUGUCUGAUAAGAUUGUGACGGAUGCAUCAAUUGAUACUACAGAAACAGGUUCGAAUGUACCGGUAUCCACGAUUGUUGGAUGUACAGUGGCUGGUGUGGGGGUGAUAAUUCUCGUCAUUUUGAUAAGCUGCUUACUCCACCGUAAACACAGAAAGGAUGGUAAACCUAGAGAAAAUGAAGUUGUACGAAAUGGAAACCAUGCUCCAAAUGGUUCUUCAAAUAGAAAUAAUUGGAUAAGAAGAGAACAUGGAACAGAGAUUGAAAUGACAGUAAUGCCUGAUACUGAAAACAUUCAGGCUGAACCACAAGAUGUACAUCAACCGCAAGAUAAACAUCAGACUAGUGUAAAAAUGUGUGAUGCUAUUGAAAGCAGUGUUCCAGACACAUGUUCAAGUGAAAUAUCACUAAUAAACAAACAUGAUAGGAGGACAAAUAACGACAAGCCUGCAGAAAAAUGCAUAUUGAAACAGAUUUUCAACAGGAAAAAGAACAUUGAGUCAACCAGUGGCAUUAACAUCCAAUUCAAAAUUUUGAAAUGGCAAAAAUGCGUGGAUGUAAAUGGAGUCUAUGUGAUUCCAUCAGGUGCUGAGAUCAGGAUAUUUAUAAAUCCUAAGCAAGCAAAGGAUCUCUGUGUGGAGAAGGAAGCUGGACCAAACAUUAAAGGACAAUACGAGAUUGGGAAAACACAGUUUGUGAUUAAUCCCAAAAAAGAAAAAGAAGAUUGCAGUGGAAAGUAUUGCUGUAAAUAUACCCUUCUAUCAAGCCCAGAAGAAAAGACUGAACUUUUUGAGAUUCAAAUUUUAUGGAAAAAAAUUAACAAUGAUUGGAAUCGGCCUGAUUCAAAUGAUGCUCCACUAACUCUUAGUUCGUUGGUGUCAAAAGACUCAGGUUUAGAGUCAUGUAAAGAUCCACAUGGGCAUAUUCCUAUUGACAAAGUGCCCAAGGAAAGUGAUCCAUUUAUAGUGAACUGGAAUAGUCUAUCUUACGAACAAUCUCAUCAACCAAAUGAUUUAAACAAUGUGAUGGUGGAAUGUGAAACAACCCCGUGUCUAACAAAAGGCCAGAAUAGGAGUAGUUGAUUUGCGGCACUUUGUUUAGUAUUAUUUCAUGGGAAAUUGAGAUAUUAUUAUGUUAUUAUGUUGUAUUUUGUCAGUGUGACCGUAUAUCGUCUGUGAAUGUUUGCUUGUAACUGUAUAUUUUGUUAUAUAAAUUGUGUGACUGUGCUUGUACAUUGCCUGUAUAUGUCGUAAAUGUAUAUUUAAACAUAAAUAACAAAUAACGAAAAUAAUAAACGUCAUAUCUGUUUAAUGACUUAUUCCAUAUUGAUACAUGUGUAUUUGUUUGUAAACACAAUUUGAAACCUUAAAUAACAAUAAUUGUUUUAAGGCCUUUUUGGUUCAUUUUGUGGCCUUUUUGGUACGCUUUGUGGCCUUUUUGGUCAGGCCUUUUUGGUAUUCGGCCUUUUUGGUAUGCGGCCUUUUUGGUUUUCGGCCUUUCUGGACCUAAACCCCUCGCGGAGAUAUAUUAAGAAUGCAUAAUUCAAAUUGUUAAUGUACCAUCACGUUAUUUACGAACAAAUCUACAUGUGCGUACACAAUUAAAGUUAAUUAUAUAUUAUUAUCAACAAAUACUAUUUGAACUUUAAUGAACAUCUCCGAAACAAAACGCAAGACACAAUGUUUGUGUUCGAACGCCUCAUUUAACUUGGCCGCCAAACAUUUUCCUUAACCGAACGAAAUUAUCGUUUUUGAACGAAAACAUUUACGACCACAACGGGCCGUUGUCGGCUCGCUAUCGGCAAAAAUAAGCACAAGUUGCAUAUUUAUUAU